CACACUGUCUUUUCUUCAGUCAACUGCUUAUUCAUUCCACUGGUGACUGGAACAACAUAGAGCUAAUGUUUCUAUGACAUGAACGGGGAGGCAGGCAAAUGCAGGUAGAUUAGACCCGAGUGGCGGUGGUGGUGGUGGUAAGAAACCUCACCAUACUAAAGAACUUUGAGGAUUUCUGGAGACUGGAGCACCUUGGGAAAUUAUGCUAUUGCUGUGGUUUAUGGGGUUUUUCACAUUUGUUGUUGUUGUUCAUGGUCAACACCAGCAUGCGUCUAACAUCAAAGUGAUAACCAGAUCACGGUGUUUUGGCAUUGUUCCACCCCACAUGAAGCUGGAGUGCACGGAUCCCAAACAUUUCAUGCGCGUCAUCUCUGCCGUGUACGGUCUCAGCAGUGACACAGCAUGUGGGGACCUGUGCUGUCCCCAAGUCAACGACUGCCAGGUCCCAGUAAAUAUGAGUCGUCCAGAGACCCAUAACCAAAUCUUUGGUCAGUGCUCUGGCCAACAAGAGUGCAUAGUGUUGGUAGAGCAAGCGUCUCUGUGGUCAGCUCCCUGUGGCAGGGGAAAGUACAGUAACUACUUACAAGUCAAAUAUGAGUGUGUGAAAGCUGAAAUAACAACCCAAUCCAAUUGCUAUGGAGAACCAUCUGGCACGAUGCAUCUUUAUUGUGAGAAGGGGACUUUCAUCAACAUCAAAGAUGCCGUUUAUGGACGUAGCAAUCGCACACCCUGUGCAAGGCGUUGCUGUCCUGCCGAGACCGACUGUGUAGAGAAGCUGCUGGAAAAGACCCCUCCCCUGUAUACGGCCAUCUUGGGUCAAUGUCUGGGCAGGGCAGAGUGCACCAUUCCAGUGGACAAGAUUUCUGGGAUGUGUGGAAAUCAGUUUCAUGUCAGCACCUAUGUAAAUGUGACUUAUGAGUGUGUACCAGUUAGUAUUGUCAAUGAGGUCUGCAUGGAGGGGAACAAUGCCAUUGAUGUGGGCUACAUCCAAAGUGAGGGCUACCCGGCAGAGGUGCCAGGAAACAACCUACGUUCCUGCGAGUGCCGACUCUCCACAGCCAAGAACAGUUCAAUCACCAUACGUGCUGUUGACAUCAAUAUGUACAGUGGACCAGGCUGCAGAGAGCAUCAAGAGUUGGCCAUGUUUACGAAAACUGACCAAGCAGCCUACAGCUGUCAACACAUCACAGAUACCAUACUGUACAAUGGACCAGCAAAUGAACUGAAUAUGAAAUUUGUGAACACGUUGUUUAGCAAUGAAGGGAAAUUUUGGCUAGAAUACAGUGCAUCUUGGGGGACUGUGACAGUCAACUGCACCUCUGCAAUCUCCAUUACCACCACAACCACCCUCACCCCACCAGUGACACAACCUAUGGUGAAAGUUGACCCUGGCUCCAGCAUCAGAUCUAUCCUUAUAGUACCAGACCCCAACACAAAAGGUGGCGACACUGGUGACCAAAGCCAAGAAGAACCCUGGAGGUACCAAUCACGAUGUUUUGGAAAGAGUCCACCACACAUGGAGCUCACAUGUUCAGAACCAAAAACUUUUAUCAAGAUUCAAGCUGCAGUAUAUGGACUGAACACAAAUGACCGAUGCAAUGACAUCUGUUGCCCCAGCAACAAUGACUGCCAAGUCCACGUAAAUGCCAGCCGUCCCGAGUCCUACAAACAGAUUGUAGACCAGUGUUCUGGUCAGACGCACUGUAUUGUGUUGGUAGAGCAAGGGGAACUAUGGACUGCGGAGUGUGGCAGAGGGAAAUACAGCAAUUAUCUUAUGGUUGCUUACCAAUGCGUCAAAGCCAAGGUCACAACCAUCUCUAAGUGCUAUGGUGAGUAUCCUCCAGAGAUGAACCUGUUCUGUGACAUUGGUACCUACAUCCAUAUUAGAGAUGCCAUAUUUGGAAGAAGUGACUACAAACCGUGCCCUCGCCGCUGCUGUCCUCGAGAGGAUGACUGUGCAGAGAAAGUGCGCACCAGAAAUCCAGGCCUGUAUACUGCCAUACUGGGUCAGUGUUUGGGUAGAACACAGUGUAGUAUACCUGUGGAACGGCUGCAUGGGACCUGUGGAAGCGAGUUCUACAACAGUAACUACAUGAACAUCACCUACCAGUGUGUCCCAGUGAGUAUUGUUAACGACUUCUGCUCCAAAGAGGACAACAUGCUAGAUCAAGGCUACAUCAUGAGUGAGAAGUAUCCUACAAAGAUCCCAGGGAAUAACCUCCGCCAAUGUAAAUGUGUUCUUACUGCCCCACCUGCUGCCACCAUAGCUGUCCGCGCCAUUGACUUUAGUCCUUACAAUGGCACACGGUGUCAAGACCUGCAAACGCUGACAUUUGAAGAGCAAAGAAAACCCUCUAGCAGCUUUUCAUGUGAACACAGAGUAGAUUUCUGGAUGUACAACUCCACACGCAAUCAAGUCAAUGUGACUUUCCUGAACACUUUACUUGGAAAUGUGGGCCAAUUCUGGUUAGAGUACACAGCCUCUUCUGGAAAUGUCACACUGAACUGCACUGAACCAGUGGGAGUCACCACCCCAAAACCUGGAGCAACAACCAUACCUACUACACAAAAGGUCACACAGCCCUACAGAUAUAGAAAUCCAGAUGAAAGCAAUACCCCGCGCCCAACAGACACAGGCAAGAUGAUUUCUUGA